AUGGGACAAAAGGGCUGCCGUUUCUCUCUCUUCCUCUUCUCCCCUGUUCAGGCCAACUUAGCAUUGACACCUACAGAGUUGCUACCCUCACCAAGGAGUCCAGAGGUGAAGUUGCAGCCGGUACCCUCAUCUUCCCCCACCUGCAGCCCUCUGAGUCCAACAGAGAGUCCAACAGUGAGUCCAACAGUGAGUCCAACAGUGAGUCCAACAGUGUGUCCAACAGUGAGUCCAACAGUGAGUCCAACAGUGAGUCCAACAGCGUGGGCCCCCGUGCUCUCCAGUGACGAUGAGGAUCCUGUCUGCUUUGAAAGGCCUGCUGAGACCACAACGCUGCUCAGCAUCAACAAGAGUCGUGCUCGACUGUCGUUCAAGAGGCGUCCGCCGACACGACAGCACAGAAGGUCCGCUGGAGAGGAAACAGUGACAUCUGAGCUGCACAGUCCCCAAUGGAAUGGUGACAAGGACCAUGUGUUUGAGGUUUCAGGACAGGAGGUUCAAGAAAGUCAGGGAAACUCCUGUGAUGAACCAGAUCCUCUGAAAGUGGCUGAAGGAAAGAAGGACAGUACAGCAGACAAAGGACUGGAGGUCACUUCCUCUAGCUGUCUAAAGGCCACAGAUAAGGCAGCUCUGGCACUCCAGGAGUCAGAGGAAUCAGAGGAGCAGGCCCUGGCCUCCCCAUCUCAGUCACAAGCCUCAGGUGUUAUGGAGGCCAUUGAAGAUGGACUUGUUGGUUUUUACCCAGCUGGAACAAUAGAUGGCAGCAUUAAGACAGAGGAGCAAGAUCAGGUUUUUUCAAUGGUUGACUAAAAU